UCGAGCGGGUUCGGGUCGGGUGAUCAUCCGCCGAUCCGUCAGUAUCUCAUAAUCCGGCGUUCGGUAAAAACAUUUUAAAAUAAACAAUCAUGAGAUCGUAGAAUUCGCCGUAUUUAUUAUGAUUAAUUUAGCCCACAAGUAUUUUUUCAUUACAAUAGAAACGUAAGUUUGUAAAUUAUGAAUUUUCAAUUGUGAUAAAAAAUAGCUUAAGGAACAAAUGACCAAUAAUUCUAAACAAAUGAAAUGGCGCCAAUGAUUUAUACUUUAUAUGGUUUUGCAAUAUUUUUCUUCGUAUUUUGGUGUGCUAUGUGGUUGCUGCAUGUAUUAGCUAUCCUCUAUGGCAAAUUUAGGCUACACAGAAAAAUCAAAGAGCUACCCCCUGAUGUCCCUUAUCCAGGAAUUUCUAUACUAAAACCCCUUAUGGGAGUAGAUCCUAAUUUACUUUCAAACCUAGAAACAUUUUUUACAAUGCAGUACCCCACGUAUGAAAUAUUAUUUUGUAUAGAAGAUGAAAAAGAUCCCUCGAUAGAGCUAGUGAACAGUUUAAUAGAAAAGUACCCGAAAGUAGCAACAAAUGUCUUUAUUGGCGGUUCAACAGUCAGUGUAAAUCCCAAGAUUAACAACAUGCAUAAAGCGUUUGAAGCUUCCAAUUACGAUUUUAUUUUAAUAUCAGAUAGUGGAAUUCGCAUGAGAGAAGACACGUUACAAGACAUGGUAGGCCACAUGACUGAAACAACCGGCAUAGUCCACCAGAUGCCUUUUACAUGUGACCGACCCGGAUUUGCAGCCACUUUAGAAAAAAUUUAUUUUGGCACAGCACAAUCAAGAAUGUACUUGUCAGCCGAUUGCUUCCGAAUCAAUUGCCAUACGGGGAUGUCGACGCUUAUGCGCAAGUGCGUCCUAGUGACCAAGGAGGGUGGCUUAAAGAGCUUUGGCUGUUACCUCGCCGAAGAUUUUUUUAUAUCUAAAUAUUUCUUAGAUAUGGGCUGGAGGACGCGGAUCAGUAGUCAGCCGGCUAUGCAGAAUUCUGGGACUUGUGAUGUGCGGAGUUUUCAAGCUCGUCUUAGCAGAUGGGCAAAACUAAGGAUGGCCAUGUUGCCGUUAGUGAUAGUCUUCGAGCCCUUAACUGAAUGCAUGGUGAUAGGCGCAUGUGCCGCUUGGGCUACAAGUCUCCUCUUUAGGUGGGAACCAGUCGUUUUCUAUUUAAUUCACAUACUAGUAUGGUUAAUGUGUGAUUGGAUUCUGUUAUCCAUUGUACAGAAUGGUUCGUUGCCAUUUAGUAAAUUCGACUUCAUCGUCGGUUGGUUGUUCAGAGAAUGCACAGGACCAUAUCUGUUCAUCUUAGCGGUGUUCGACCCGUCGAUUCGAUGGAGGAACCGCUGCUUCAAGCUAUCUUGGGGCGGGAUCGCGCAGGAAGUGAAACCCCGGAUCAAAUGCUAAAGGGUCAUCUCGUCUCAAAUAAUAUCAGGUUUAAGCAAUAAAAUAUGGAAGGUUCCUUUAUGAAAACUAUGGUAUUUAGUAUAACGUGAUAAACUCAGACGGAAAAUUAUUAUUGAUAUGCGGACCCGCUGCUGUGUGGUUGAGAGGUAUUCGAGAAAUAAAUUAAUACUUAUAUUCCCCUGGGCUCCAAUUUUUUAUAUAAAAUAAUAGUUUUUAAGGCUCCAAUACUUCCAACCCUGAUUGCAAAGGGAUACCAUACAUAAUUAUAUAUAUAUAUAUAUUUGUUAAUAAAUUAAUGUUUUUAGAUGUAUAUAUUAAUGUGGUACAAAUUGAACCGAUUUGAACGAAAUAUACUUUUAUUUUUUUGGUUCGUUUUGUAUCUAACUUUUAUGCUAUUAGCAAUCAUAAUUCUUCCAAGUCUGUGUAUAUUGCGUUGGUCAAUUAUGAUUAUUUUCGAAAAUCCAAAAAUGAAUAGUGAUGUUACAUUACGUAAGUUACAAAGCCAAGUGAUAGGUAAGUUAGAGCAGAUUCUACUUUUGAUACGGGCAUUACCUGACGCUUAUCGCAAAUCAAAAAAAAUCGAAAUUCUGUAAUUUUUGAAACGAGCAUUUGUAUUUUUAUAAGUUACAGAAUUUUCGCACUUAACGGAAGUAGGUUAAUAUUCGUGUCAUAAUUUAUUUUAUUUUAGUUAUUUAUUUAUGUUUAUACAUACUCAUUUAUGUAUAUAUACGUAAUAUUCGGUGAUAUUGUACAGAUGUCAUAUGAGUAGUAACCUCCUCUAAAUUAUAAAACUAUUUUUUGGGAUCCUUUUCUUUACUCCAACCUUUUACGUUAGGCUGGUUAAUCGAAUAAAUUAUUGAGAAUAAAAAAAAAA